CAGAACCAAACAGAAGUCUCUCGUGCCACAGCUGCGCGCGCAAGCCAAUCACCUCAGCGCCUUCAUCUCGCUUCACUCCGAAUGUUUUCGCGCGCGAAUGGUCGCGAGCUUUCUGAGGGCGCUAAAGGAGCUCAUUAUAAAUGAUAAAGCUCAUUAAAUACUAAUGAAAGGUCGCGUUGUUAGCUAGAUAAGUUGAUUUAUAACGAUGGAAUUCGAUGUAGGCCAUGAAGAGAUUAUUACAACAGACGCGGAGUCUGAAGAAGCAGAUGAGAAGUUUUACAUGAAUAGGCUGUUAAUGCUGAGUGCAGCAGGAGAACUUUCUACACCCUCUACUCACACUCCUCCACUGUCCUGUUCUCACUACGGAAUUUCUCCAGAGAUUGGUCUUUUGGCUCAGCGAGGGAUAAGGACACCGGUUGGCAGCAGUCAUGUAAAAUGCACUAAAAACAAACAAACAAUUACGGACAGUCCACUGAUACACUCGUUAAGUCAGAGCAACACUGUUUGCAAGGAGGAUGAGGGGUCAACUAAAAUGGAUCAAUCAAAAGGAGACCCAGUGACUGUGACAAUGACUCCAAAAAGAAUCUAUACAGAUGCCAACCAACCUCAGCCGAACCCUAUGACCUCAGUUCAACAUCCCAAACCUCUGUUCACACCUGGCCAGCCACAGUCUGUCUGUAGUGGACAGAGUGCAGUAGGCAGUCAGAAAAGUGUAAGAAAGCAUGUACAAGGAAUGUCUGAAAUCAAAAAGGACAAAGGCAGCAAUUCUAAAAGCAGGCCACAGGAACCAGGGCUCAGGAGUUUAUCUUCUGAAAGAGGUGAGACUGUAAAGAGUGCCGUCUUACCUCAUGUGUCCACGAGAGGUCAGCAGAGACCGGGAACAGGCCUUUGUGGCAAAUCAACUACAACGCCAGCAAGUGGCAAACGAAAAGUCUUACAAUUACAGAGCAUCCAUAAACGAAACAAAUACGGAGAGACACACCUCCAUCUUGCCGUGAUGAAAGAAGAUCUUCAGUCUGUGAAAGACAUGAUUGAAGCUGGUGCAUGUGUCAACCUGGCGGAUAACGCAGGUUGGACCCCACUUCAUGAGUCAAUAUUAGGACAUAAUUACACCAUUGCAGAAACUUUACUUAGAGCUGGAGCCCUAGUCAAUUCUGUAGGACAUGAAGGAAUCACACCUUUACAGGAUGCAGUACAACUUGGUAACUUUAAGCUUGCUCACCUGCUGUUAAAGUGGGGUGCUGAUCCAUUACUGAAGAAUCAGAAAGGAGACAAUGCCAUAGACGUCAGUCAAGACAGGAAUAUAGAGACACUACUGAGACGAUAUGCAGCUAAGGGUUGUAGAAGGACAAGACAGUCUGCUGCUAUAGAUGAAGCAGAAAAAGAUCAGCAGGCCAGUGAAGCUGAAGUCUAUCCAGCUGUUUGUCCAGACUCAGAGGAUACAACAAAAGUACAUGACACUUCCUCUGCAAAAGCUGAAGUAAAAUCAUCAGCUCAAAUUUUGCCGCAACUAAGAGACCCAAGAAAAGACUCUGAAGACGAUGGCUCCUUACCUGUUCAAGAGCGAGAGUCUCCAGGAUCUGACCCCACGUCUUGCCCAGACAGUGAUCCUGACAGUGAUAUCACUGUGGAUUACACCGAGACUCGGUCACCAUCACCUGAACACUGGGCUUUAAGUGCUACUCAGGACUUCUCUGGAGCCACAGACCGAAUAGUUGAUGAAACAGUCAGAGAAAAUAACAGCACCAUAAAUGAGGAGCUUCUUGUAAAUCAGAGUUUGGUUUCAGGUGCUAAUGAAAUAAACCCAAAUCAAUGGAAAGAUUCAUGCAGGGAUACCACUGAUGAAGCAGUCUUGGCUGGUUCUAGAGACCAACAUGAAACCGAUCUUGUGGAGGAGAGCAAUUCUGGGGUCGGUAAAAAAAAGAUGCGAAGAAUGACAAUGGCGAGCGAUCAAAACUUUUUGGAUUACUUGCUCAACUUUGACCUGAACAGUGUCUCUGUCGUAAACACUGGAACUGGCAGCAUGGCUAGUAGAGCUGCUCCGCUAAACAAAAACGUAUGUAAGAAUCCCUUUUCCAGUCCUGUUGUUUGUGAAGAUCCAUAUCGCUCACAUGCUCAAAGUAACAGCUAUCAGGAAUGUAGUAUUCCUGUACUUACGUCCUGUCAAGUUGAAGUCAGUGCAUCGUGUGCAGAUGAGCAAUCUUUACCCUUAGAAGAAUCUUCUGAAUCGAGCAGUUCUCAGUCUCUACUUAUAGGGCUAAUUCACGACCAGGGACUUACCUGCAGUCCUGAGCCUCAGGUGGGCUUAAAAAAUGUAGGGCAGUUAAAACCAACCAAUGAGCAGCUAAAACUUGUUCAUUCAGUUAAUCCGACAUUAAAGAAGACAGUCACAACUCCGCUUUAUUGUAAAGAAAGGCAACAAAAACAAACAUCUUUGCUACGGCCCAUUUUUGACAGUAAUGCUGUUUCCUCAGAAGGGACGCAUGUAGAUGAUGUAAACAGUAUUGCAUACGGAGAAGUGUUUGUACUACCUAAAGGAAGCGUAUUCACUGAAUUGUCUAAUGCAGAACUUCAUUGUCAGAGUAAUGACCCAGAUGAAUACAUCAAACAGCUUCAGCAAAAACAGGAAGAUAAAGUAACCCUGUUUGGUUUUAGUCAUUGCCCUGUCAGUUCUGCAGACAUUAAUGGCUUUGUAUGCAAUGAGAGGCUGUGUGGUGGCAGAUCACCGUCAAGGGUACCUGACACCACUCUAGCUGGUGCCUUAGAAUUGCAAGCUAGCCCUUUAUGCGAGGAAAAACAACUUUUAGUUAUCACGCCAAGCAGUAAAAGCCCAAAAGAUGAUGAAAUCGAUAUUAAUAGUAGUAGAAAGAUUCCCCCAGAUGACAAUAUUCCUACAGUCUCAUUAGUGUUAGUGUGUGCCGAAGAUGAUGCUGUCGAAAAUGAUGAUACUAAAAGUUCUGCAGAUUCAGACUGCACUGUGAUUGAAGAGCAGGAACAGUUAAAGAGCACUCACAAGCAUAGCGAGGCCGUGACGAUUCAAGCAAGGUUAAGUCCAGCCCCAGUAGUCAGCACUUAUGAGGGAGAAAGACAGGAUAAGCAGCACGACUUGUGCAAAACUGUUAAGGAGCAUAGCAGCGGAGAACCAACAGAGAGUACAACUGAUUCAUUGAACACAGAGAGCUCUGUCAGCAUAUUGACAGACUUGUCCCAGAAGCCCUUAUGUUUACUUCCAACACCAGAUAACAAUCAAUGUACAGAGAGUGCAGGACAAGACGGUUUUCAGAAAGCUGUGGAAAAUCAAGAGGCUUCAUACACUGCUAAAUUGAGCCAGCGCAAAAAGAAGCGAUCCAAACAUCAACUCAGAAAGCAAACUAAGCAAGCUGAUGUGCUUAAUGCAGCCACGAAGCCAGUUGCAAACUUUAACCUGAGAAACAUCAACAGUAGCAAUUUUUUGGGAGAGACUCGACUCCAUCGAGCCUGCAAGAGAGGAAACCUACCAGAGGUUAAAAGGCUCAUUAAAGCUGGAAUAAACAUCAAUAUCGCUGACAAUGCAGGAUGGACAGCUCUACAUGAGGCCAGUGUAAAAGGCUAUCCAGAUGUGGUGGAGGAACUUUUGCGUGCAGGUGCAAAUGUAAAUAGCAAGGGGCUGGAAGGACUCAGUCCUCUCCACGAUGCUGUUACAUCUGGUGAAUAUGAGGUCGUGAUGCUUCUUCUUCAGUAUGGCUCAAAUCCUCAUCAUAAGAAUUCACUUGGACAGAGUGCACUGGACCUUGCAAAACAUGAAAUCAUCAAAGAGCUGCUCUUAACAUUCAGAGAGCAUCCUGGUGUACCUGAGAAACCUACUGAAUCUUCUAAAGAAGAUUUAGAAAUUUUGCACUGUGAACACAUUUGGAAAGAUAAUCAAGCUCACAGACAACCACCUGCCUCCUUCAGGAGAGAUGAUAAGAGGAGUACAAGAAGCACUGCUGGUUCUGAACCUUGUAGUUCACUUGAGUGUGGUGAGUCCAGAGCCAUGAGGACAACCCUUGAAGAGGUGGAACCGUCAUCAAAGAAGACAGUCACAGGCCAGCUUUGUUGUGAAGAAAGCCAACAAAAUCAAACAUCUUUGCGACUGCCCACCUUUCACAAUACUGAGGUUCACAGACGACCACCGGCCUCCGUCAGGAGAGAUGACAAGAGGAUCACUGCAGCAAGUAGUGCUGGUUCUGCACCCAAUUCAAGUGAGUGUGGUCAGCCCCAAUCCACAAAGGCAACACCUAAAGAAGUGGAACCGAAGCAGACAGGAGCAUUAAGAAAUGAAACUCUUAUGAGCAUCACUUCCAUCCGACUGAUUAGUAAUGAAGAGUUCCUGCCAUCCUACAUGAUGGACAGAUACUGGGAUUCAUUCCUGAACAACGACUGGGACUGGGAAAGCUAGUUUACACUGGAACCUUUGUUGAUUUGCAAUACAUGUUUGAUUAUAAAAUGCUAUGAACAGAUUAUUUGUAAUGUAAUGAAAGAGCUUUGUUAAUUAAAUUCGUUUUGGAUGACAA